UAUUCCUUUUCCCUGACUGAGCACUGACUCAUAUACCUCCUACAUUUUUUGCCUCCUCCUAGAAUGAUCUUUUGUCCUCCAACAGCACUUCAAAGAAUGUAUUUACAGGAUCAACCUUCUCAGAACUAGAAUGCCUAAGGAUAUCUUCAUUCCACCCACUGAAUUUCCCUGCUAAUUUAUUUAACUGUUAAAACCAUGUUCAUCCCAGUCUAUGUUUCCACCCUCAUUGCUACCAUGAGUUUCCCAAGGAAUUUCCUGCCCUCCAGGCCCACCGAAGGGUUGCAGCACCAGCAGCCAGAUACCGAGGCUGUCCUGAAUGGGACGGGCCUUGGCACUGGCACCUGAUACAUUACUGACAGCCACCUGUCUUUGUUAGAUGAUCCUGGAUUAGGAAUCUCACUGGAAUAUCCCACCAUUAGUUUACAUGCAGUGUCCAGGGACCCAAAUGCCUAACUGUCAGAGCAUUUGUUUGUUAUAGUAAAUGCCAAAUUUGGAGAAGAAUCAAAAGAACUUGUUGCUGAUGAAGAAGACAGUGAUGAUGAUGUAGAACCUAUUUCUGAAUUUAGAUUUGUACCUAGUGAUAAAUUAGCAUUGGAGGCAAUGUUCACUGCAAUAUGUGAAUGUCAGGUCUUGCAUCCAGAUUCUGAGGAUGAAGAUUCAGAUGAUUAUGAUGGAGAAGAAUGUGACACGGACACACACGAACAAGGACAAGGAUAUAUCCCUAUGUUUUAUACCUAUGAGGAAGGAUUAUCACAUUUAACAGCAGGAGGCCAAGGCUCCUUGGAGAGAUUAGAAGGAAUGCUUUCUCAGCCUGUGAGCAGCCAGUACAACAUGGCUGGAGAUUUAAUAAGAGAUUAUGAAGAUGGCAUGCAGGUAGAUACUACACCAACAAUUGUUGGACAGUUUGAAGAUGCAGAUGUUAAUCACCAAAAAUGACUUAUACUGCUAUAAGAUUCUGCUUAUAACUGUAACAGAGAACUUGAUGCUUUUUCCAGUCUGGAGUGAGAUUGAUGAAAAUCUUUUUGCUUCUCUAAAACUCACUGAACCGGUUCUUUCUUGAGACAGCAAGUUGUUACCAGAAAAAGA